AUUCUGUUCCUCUAUCCUAUUUAUAAAAGCAUAAUAUCGAGGAUAUGAUAAUAUUAAUAUUAACAAUAUAAUAAGAAUGAUAUUGCUAAUCAUACUGAGUGGGUUUUUAAUGACAUGAUAAUAUUUCACUAUAAAAGAAAACGACAAAAAAAAAGAAAAGAGGAAGAAGAAGAAGAAGAAAAAGAUACGUAAAGACGGAGAGUAAAUCCUUGUCUUUCUCCAAAAGAAUUUUGUAAUAUUUCAAAUCGCGACGGAAUGGAAUGGCGUGUAAUGUUUAUAUGCAGAGCGAAUCGAAUGGGAUGGAUAAGCGAGCUAGUAAGGACACCGACAGCGUGAAUGCGAGAGAGCGAGCGAGCGAGCGAGAGAGAGAGAGAGAGAGAGAGAGAGAGAGAGAGAGAGACAUCGGAAAUAAUAAUAGAAAGAGAAAAAAAAGAUAAAAUGAACGCCAGAGCGAAUGAGAUAUAGGUAGAUGUUGGAAUGGAAGUAAUAAUAAUAAACAACUCUAUAUAUAGAAUAUAUAGAGAAUUAAAGUUCGGCUUGCAGCGGGGAGCAAGGAAGCACGACAGGCAAAGGCGGAGGCAGUUCACGGUGACGAGACUUUAGACUGAUCUAGGUACUAGCGUUACGAUAUUGGCCGGUGACCCCUGUAUUUGAAAGGAAAGAAAGAAAGAAAGAAAAAAAAGAAAAAAAAAAGAAAGAGAGAAAUACAAAGUGGCACCCCAAAAGUAUCACUCACCCUAUACCCUUUUUUUACGAUGAACGGUGGCAGCUGGGGUGCCUAUCGAAGGGGGGGGGUCAAAGGUCGCAUUUAGGAUAAUGCACCACUGUGGCUGGCGAUGCUGUAGCCGCGCGCCCUUUCACCCGGGCAAUGCCCUUAAUUCGCGAUAUACACACACGUACACGAACAUCUUACACUUACGCGCUUACACGUGAAACACGCAGACACGCGCGCGCGCGCGCGCGCGUCCUUGGGAAUACUUGACCUUUUUUUAUUUUUCGGUUGACCCGUGUCAGGCGGAUGUUGCGCGAUGACGAUGCCCGGGGCCGCCGAAUUCCUCCCAAUGAUUUCUGAAAAUGCCGAAUCGACGGCGAGCGGCGCCCGACGUGUUUAUUAUUAUUAUUUUUUUUUUUUUAAUUAUAUAUAUAUAUAUAUAAAUAUAUAUUAUAUUCCUGCGAAUAUGCAUUUUGUGACGUGAUGUUAUUUAGCAGUAAUAAGGAGGAGGGACUCGAGGUAAAAUGAGACGAACGAGGGAAAACAACAGAAAAUGUAUGGAAAAAAAAGAGAAACAAUACCUACGGCCGAUCACUAUGAUUUAAUUUUCUUUUUUUUUUUCUUUUUUCGAUCACGCGUCCGUGGUCGUUUUACGUUUUUCUUUUUUUUUUCGCCGCCCGUCAGCUACGCGGUUGUGAGGGAUGUGACGGGAUUUGGAAAAAAAAAAGAAAAACGUAAGAUCACGGUUGAAUCUAACGAGAACGGCGGCAACGGCAACAACGACAACAACAACAACAACAAAAAAAGCGCAAAACGAGAAAAGGCAAAAAAUAUACGUGCGGAAAGACGAGGAAAUUUAUUACAGCUAAAUUCUUACAUACUUGCUAAUUGUGUUUUCAAAUUUUUAUUAUUCAGCUACCAAUUGCUUUGCUUUUUUUUUUAAUUUCCCGCAAUUUUUAAAAAAGUUGCCCCUAAUUUUAGUGUGAAGUAGUUAAACGUAAUGAUUUAAUGAUGAAUUUAAAACGAAAAAAAAAAAAACAAUGUUAAAAUGGUUCCUUUUUCGGGCUAGGAGCUUGAUUUAAAGUGUCAAAGAUUUUUGUGUAUGACCAGAUGUAUUCUACAUGUCUCAAUAAACAGUUGUAUGUGAAUUACCUUUCUUAAUCGAGGGUACAAGUUUUUGAGUGAAUUCUAAUCCAUCCAAUUCCACGUUCUAGUCGAACGUCUCUCUUUCUCUCUUUGCAGUUAUCCAACGUUUCUACUUAGCCUUCCCAUUUAUGCCCAGGAAAUCCAGAUAUCGAUUUCUACACUUGGACGUUCACGUACACCAUCCCCAAGGAGCCUCCUGUACGACUGAGUGAGUGUCCGAUGAAACUGCAACAUGAAUUCUCUCGGACUUUUCCCUAAUCCUUCUCAUUUUCCUUCGCAGCCUCCCGCAAUCCAUUCGGACCGCUAAAGAGUUUCCAAAAUUCCUGAGAUGAAUCAAGCGUAAUCCAAUAUAGGAUCAAGUCAUCCUCAGGAGCACUCUUAUGGAGGGUGAUCCCCCCCCUCCAGGCAUAUAAAAAAACAACCACCGGUACUCUGCGUCUAACAACGGUUCCUGGUCAUCAUCAGCCAAGGCUCUGUUUCUCCAUAUAUCUCUGGAAGAUGAAUGGACGCCCUGUGACGUGAACCUGUGUCACCCACGCUAGACCAGCAGAAAGCUCAUCUGGAGCAGCAGCGAAGGAGGUCCAAGUCGGUCCAAGUGGAACAGGAAGAGCCGAGUAGAAUCGUAGCUGAUGGAAGAGGCGCCAAGUAGUGGUGGGGUCAGGGUGUGCAUUGCGAGUGCGCAACUCACCCUAGACCCAGGGGCGGAUACGUAGUUGAUCACGUUGAAAUUCCAAUUUCCACGCGGUUAUAUUAUCCUAAGAGACUCGAGACAACCCUUGUCCAUCGGUUCCAGGUGACGUUCCUGGUGACGUUCCUGGUUUCUUCAACCAUUGUACGUGAACGCCAGUGAGAAUCCCGUGCUGGUCGCACGGUCCAAUCAUACCUCUAGCGCUGGCACGUAUCAACGAUAAUUCAGUGACUACGUGGACUCUCGAGGAUUCGGCUGUAAAAAGGAAGGUGGAAGAAAAAAGAAGUCAUCCCUCCUUUACUACUGUCUCUCGCCCACUCGCUCACUCGCUCGGUCUCACUAUCGGCCUUUUCAUCCCUCACCGAAGUUCGCAGCCGAUACGUAGGAGAUUUUCCCGCUGGCGACGCCGGCCGUCCGCCUACUCGCCAUCUGCCACUCCUCGUUUUCCCUUUUGUCUCUAGCGACCUCUACGUAUCGCUUGCUGGGGCGUGUUUGGGGCUGUACGACUCGUGAGCCGAACCGACUCGACUGUUAGCCCACUCGUGGAGGAAAGAAUAUUCAGCAGCGAAUCGCGGCAGGAGAGGACGAAAAAGAGACGCCGUCGAAGAGGAUGAUAACAAGGGAAAUGGAGGGUGGAAUCGAGUGAGGGUCAAAGAGAAGUGAGUAAGGGAAACAGUGAGAGGGACAGAAACAGCUGAAGUCGAGCGCAGCCAAUCUUCACGGGUCGCCGUUGAAUUCUGGAACAGUAGUGAUGGUGCCGCUUGAUCCAGCCCUUGUGACUCUUCUUCUCGAACCAGCCAGUUCCUGGGAUGGUUUACUGUGCUCGCGAGUGAACACGAGGAAGAUGCUCUAGUGCCGACCAGGUGCUAACGCACGACUCGUGGUGCUAACGCCUUUGCUCAGGGCGAGGAUUGAUCGUGGAUUCGAGAAUGCGACCGUCCUGGGAUACCUAAACGUGACUCCUCCUUGGCUACCAAGGAUCACUAGGCCACAGAGGAUUGUCCCUGGUUCAACGGCGUACUCGUCUCUUGUCUCUACAUUUACAUGAAAAUGCACAACCAUCAAUGAUGAUCACCUGGAUCAGCUUUCCUCCUUCUUCCUGUGCCUGGAACAGCCACUGACGAUAUGGACACAGUAUGGCUUCAGUACUCUGGCAUGCCUCUGGGAGUAGUUUCGUUUCACCUACCUUCAUCUUCCUCCUGCUGCUCUGUCCACGAUCCACUACAGCCCGCGAGGUAAUUGACGUCCCACUGCCACAGCAAGACUACAUUCCGUCACUGCCGCCACCACCGGGACCAUUCACCACUGCCAAAACACCAAAGUGCGAUCAGAAAUUCGUGAGCGUUCCUGACGGUCCACAUGGUGGUACUUUUCAUGCACCCAACCUGAUAAAUCCUACAGGAGAAUCGCAGCAGUGCAUUUACACAUUUCUCGCUGGUCCGGAUCAGCGUGUCGAAAUUUUCUUUACGUCUUUUGGUCUGCGAGGCACACCGCCAGAUGGAUCAGCUGUUGGCGAGUUACCUGCCUGCUAUCACGAGUAUAUGGAUGUGUAUACAGAGGUGCGUUCAGAUAAUACUACUGAGCUGAUAGAUUCACCAUUUGGAGGACGUUACUGCGGUCCGAUUCCACCACGAAAACGAGUAUCCCUUUAUCAGGGUAUAGCUCUAGGCUUCUAUACUGAUAAGAACGUUACUCUGCCUGAUCUUUUCAGUGGUCGUUACAGUUUCAUCAAUGCUUCCGAAUACGAGGUCGGAACUCCUGCUCCUAGUUUGCCAUGCACUUUUACGGUGGAUGCACAGAUAAAACGCACUGGAAAUAUAUUAUCUCCUACUUAUCCAGGCAGCUAUCCCAAAGAUCUUGUGUGUAGCUAUCAAUUUAUUGGGCAACCUAAUCAGCGGGUGCGACUUGAAUUUCGAGACUUUGAUCUCUUCUUUGGUGGACCUCACUGUCCUUUCGAUUAUGUAAAGGUGUAUGAUGGCAUUGAUAAUACGUCUGCGGUAAUUGGUACAUACUGUGGACAACAGAGAAACUUGGUGCUAUAUUCGUCAGAGUCCAGCCUCUAUGUCCUUUUCGUAACGUUGCAGCGUACUGCAAACACGCAGAAUCGUGGAUUCAAGGGUAUCUUUGAAUUCUCUGAAAGUUUUGUCAAGUUAGAUUUUAUAACCAAUUAUGGUGGUGAGCAUAUCCGAGGAUCAGAGUGCGAUCAGAAAAUCUUGAGUAAAAAGGAAUCAUACGGAUUUGUGGUCAGCCCGAAUUUUCCAUAUCCCUACAUACCAAAGGUAGUCUGUCGUUAUUUUAUUUACGGUAUGCAGGAUUCCCAGCACUUGGAACGCGUCAGGCUUGAAUUUCUUAUAUUCGUUGUACCAAGAAGUGAAGCCAAGGGAGAUUCGGCCUGCACCGACGGUUAUUUAAAGAUAUAUUUGAAAGGUCAAGAGGCUACUGAUUCCUAUGACAAAUUCGAUUACGAAUUGUGCGGCACAGAUAGUAAUCCGAGCCACGUAGUUAGCGACGGGCCACGGCUCGUAAUGGUUUUCAGCAGCGGUGACUUGUCAGGCAGAGGAUUCAAAGCAAAAUACAGCUUUGAGACGGAAUACAGGAUACCGGGUACUGCUGCACCGGAUGGCAGCUGCUUCUUCACUUAUCGUAGUUCCUCGCGCAAAAAGGGAGAAUUCAAUUCUCCACGUUAUCCAAGUAAUUAUCCAAGUGACACGAAUUGCACUUAUCUAUUUCUGGCGACACCUAACGAACAAGUUACACUUGUCUUCGACCACUUUAAAGUCAGGGCCGACAACGCCAAUUCGACCGUCGGCUUUUACGGGCCUCAAAUAUGUCAGGAGGAUUGGGUAGAGAUAUAUAAUAUGUAUCGUGACAGUACGGAAAAAUUAAUAGGGAGGUACUGCGGUAUGACAUCGCCAGGACCCGUCGAAUCGAACCUCGGUGCUCUUGGGUUAAAGGUCAUCCUACACACAGAUUCAGAACUGGUUUAUAGUGGUUUCAAAGCACGGUAUACAUUCGAAGUUGCCAAAUCAAUUUUUGGAGACUGUGGAUCGAAUAUCAGCAGCUUGGAUUACGGUAUGAUAACCAGUCCAAAUUUUCCAAACAAGUACGACGGACCUGCUCGAAAUUUAGCUAGUAAAACAUGCAACUGGUUCAUAAGCGUCCGACCGAAUCAUCGAAUACUUUUGAACUUUGAACUAUUCUCCGUGGAAGGCGAACAGUCGGCUCGAGGUUGUCCAGCAGCUGUUUUACGUAUGUGGUAUUCCAUAUCUACUCCGCCGCUUGAACUAUGUGGCGUUAAAAGUCCCGAAUCUAAAUGGAGUUAUCUCUCGGACGAUAAUAACAUGCGUCUUAGUUUUAUAUCGGCCGACAAGGCGGUAGGUCAGCAGGGCUUUCGCGCUGUGUGGACAGAAGUCUCGACGAACGCCGACUGCUUAGGGCAAUUUCACUGCCAGAGAAGCAGAUAUUGCAUUGCGGAAUCUCUGCGGUGCAAUGGCAUCGACAAUUGUGGACCGAACGAUUCUUCCGACGAAGAGAACUGUGCUAUAGUGGUACCUCCUGACAGUUACGCAGUACCAGCAGGGUGUGUCGCCGGUGCCGUCCUGAUAGCUCUGAUCCUGUGUCUGCUGUGUCAUCGGAAGCUGAAGAGACGCGUCCAGGAGGUCCACAUCGACGAUCUGCAGCAGAGGGUCGAGGAGCGACGUCAUUGCCAUCAUCAUCACAGCCUGCUGCAUCAUCAUCAGAGCCACAGUCACAGUCACAGCCAUAGCUUUAAUCAGUACCAGCUCCAGCAUCCAAGUCCACCGAGUGAGAGCGAAGUGGAGCACGUGUGCGAGGAGGAGGCCAGCAGCCCGGACAGCGUGUGACCGCGGAUGCUCGCAGCGUGGUUUAAGUCGCACCCGCCGCGUUCUCCCACGUUGCUCCCCGGACUCUUUCUAAUGUGUAAUUUGUUGCUGUUGUUGUUGUUAUUGUUGCCGAACGAAGGCAGCCUAUUCAGCGCCAUCAACAGCCGUCAGCAUGCUCAUCGCGAGGAUAUCACGAUAACCAAAGCGUUAGAUUGAUUUGUCAGAUCGAUAACGAUUAAUCCAGAGACCCUGGGACAUGCACUGCAUACGAAUUCAACAUGGCCACGUCACUUCAUAACGAUACACCAAACGAUUGCGUUAACACACAAACACAGUAGCCGUGCGUCGAGCUAACAUUAUUAAUCGUAAACUGUAUAAUGUUAUAAAUAUUAAUUAACUCUAGUGUAGAUAUUUGACACCUAGCACGUAGAAUGCUCUGAUUUUACGUCAACGCGACAUACGUCAAUCUUCAUACGCGUCAUGAUCGAUUAAUCAUUGCGACUACCUUCAGGUCGAUGCAUUUUUAACGCUGGUCAGGGAUUGCGCUGUCGAUCCUCGACCUCGCCGUACCUGGACUUGGACUCUUGCGAAGCCUUUGAAAUUUUAUCUGGAUAUCGAUCAGAGCCCGUGGGCUUGGAUUUAUCCGAUCUCUUUUUUUUCUUUUUUUUUUUUUUUUUUUUU